AUGUCAUCAAUUGAUGAUGACAUCGUGGGAUCGAAAGAUACCCAAGAAGAUGAGUUGGACGACAUUGAAGUGCAGGAGCAUAACGAACAUCACAUCCUUCAGAAUAUGAAGGACGAAGAUGACAUUAACAAUGAUGACACCGUGGGAUCGAAGGAUACCCAAGAAGAUGAGUUGGAGCAUUUUGAAGUGCAAGAGCAUGACGAACAUCACAUCCUUCAGAAUAUGAAGGACGAAGAUGACAUUAACAAUGAUGACAUCGUGGGAUCGAAGGAUACCCAAGAAGAUGAGUUGGACGACAUUGAAGUGCAGGAGCAUGACGAACAUCACAUCCUUCAGAAUAUGAAAGACGAAGAUGACAUUGACAAUGACAUCAUGGGAUCGAAGGAUACCCAAGAAGAUGAGUUGGACGACAUUGAAAUAUUGGAGCGUGAGGACCUUUCGGAUGAUUCUGAGGACGAGUCAUGCCAUUCGAAGGAAAAGAACAAAUCUGAGCCACGUGUGUCUAUAGAUCCUUCGGAGAGAACAGCCAAACAAAUUGGCCUUCUCGAUGUUCAUCCCGAUACGUCGUUGGUCGGAGUAAUGGGAUCCAGGAAUUUUAUAUCACUGUUGCAUCAGAUUUACAAAAAACUGCAGGAAUACAAUUACGUUGGAAAAAACGAUUUGUUUGAACUGAUUGAUGUGCCGAGUUAUAUGAAUGAAGGACAUUGCUCCGAUGAUCUUGAUGAAGAUGAUACGGACUCGUCCGAAGAUACAUCUCGAUCAGAUUGUCUGUUUAAAGAGCCAAAGUCACAGGAUGAAGAGGCUGCAAAAGAAGCAGCAAGCGUUGUGGCUGAUGUUGUCAAAGAUGUCAUUGAUGAAGAUGAAUCGAAUUGCGGUGAUGAAACCACAAAAGAUCAAGGAUAUACUCCGCCGUCAUCCAAGAAUAAAGAUGACAAAGUUGACAAACAAAAUAUGAAUGAGCAUGGGCACAAUCCCGUUGAUGAAAAAUUUGCUAAUGUUGAACAGCAGGAAGCUCCAAAUGAAUGGUCUAAUGGGAAUGGUGAUCACUAUCAUAUUCCCAAUCAAUGGCACAAUCAAGAAGAAUACAACGACAACCAGAUUCUGCAAGAGAACGAGCAAUGUUCAGGUUGUUCUUUAUGCUUUAUGAAAAAAAAUCCCAACUCCAAGAUGAAAGACAACAAGGUUCGACCCAAUUAUAGACAACAAUAUCGUAGUCAGAAACGUAAAUCGAUGUACAAGAAAUCAGAGGUCCGUGCAAUUUAA